AUCAACUUCACUCAAUUGGAACACCUGUCCCUUACUCUACUUGUAUACAAUUUGAACCAAGAAAUCCAACAAUGGCCAGAAUCAUCAUCGUUGGUGCCGGCUUUGGCGGCGUCUGGAGUGCGUUUUCAGCCAAGCGCCUGAUCAACCUUUCGAAGGAAAAGAAGGAUAUUGAGAUCCUUGUCAUCUCUCCCGAGCCAACCCUGGUGAUUCGUCCACGACUUUACGAGGCGAAUGCCGCAAACAUGACCCACGCCCUCGGAGCUUUGUUCGAGAAUGCAGGCAUCCAGUUCUUCCAAGGCACCGUGAAGACAAUCGAUCCCGACGCACACACAGUUCAUGUCAAAUCUGCCUCCGGUCUCGAAUCACGUUUUGACUACGACCGCCUUAUCCUAGCAGCUGGCAGCUCCGUCGUGAGACCCCGCGCAAUUACCGGUAUUGACCAGUAUGCGUUCGAUAUCGACUCCCUCAAUUCGGCCAUCAACCUUGAGACUCAUAUCGAGAAGCUAGCUUUGCUUCCCCCAUCCCCUACCCGCAAUACUAUUGUUGUGUGCGGUGCCGGUUUCACGGGCCUUGAGAUCGUGACGGAGCUGCCCAAGCGCCUUGCGCGCAUUCCAAAUCAUCGUAUCGUCCUGAUCGACCAUUCUAAAGAGGUUGGCCAGCAUCUUGGACCUGGACCUCGUCCCGUUAUUACGCAGGCCUUGAAGGGUCUCGGGAUUGAAGUGAAGCUCGGAUCUGCAGUCGCAUCAAUCGAUGCCGACGGUGUGGUUCUUGCAUCUGGCGAGAGAAUCGAAACCAAGACUGCCAUCUGGACUGCUGGGGUGAGGGCGACACCUCUCACACAGCAAAUUCCCGGACCUAAGGAUGGACUCGGUCGCGUACACGUUGACCAGCACCUUCGUGUUCCAUCAUCUCGGGAUGUUUUUGUCACCGGUGAUGCAGCCGUUGCUCUUUCAGAUACCGAUGGCAACUAUACCAUGAUGUCCUGCCAGCACGCAAUUCCGCUUGGCCGUGUGUCAGGCCACAAUGCCGCAGCUGAUCUUCUUCGCGAACCCUUGUUAGCCUACACUCAGCCUGCGUACGUUUGCUGCCUGGAUCUCGGCUCUCAUGGUGCAGUUGUCUCUGAAGGCUGGGAAAGAGACGUAAAGAUCACGGGAGAUAUGGCCAAGCGAGUGAAAUGCUAUAUCAAUCAGAGUGUGAUUUAUCCUCCAAGCGAUUCUCAGAAGGCACUGGACGAAGCCAAGCCAGUUGAGCUGAAUGGGACCCAAUUGGUUGAGCACAUCCUUCGUGCGGUAGCAUAG